UCAGUGACGUGAUCCCUCAGCCGCAGGACUACAACUGUAAACAUUAAUCUUUUCGAUAUUUCAGCGCUAAAAUCUGUGUUUUUCUGCGGGAGAUUGACACGAUGGCUCUGGAGACGGUCCCCAAAGACCUGCGCCACCUGCGGGCCUGCCUGCUCUGCUCUCUGGUGAAGACCAUCGACCAGUUUGAAUAUGACGGCUGUGACAACUGCGAGUCGUACCUUCAGAUGAAAGGGAACCGAGAUAUGGUUUAUGAAUGCACAAGUUCCUCAUUUGAUGGUGUGAUAGCCAUGAUGAGUCCUGAGGACAGCUGGGUGGCUAAAUGGCAGAGGAUAGGUAACUUCAAACCAGGUGUAUACGCAGUGUCAGUGACCGGAAAACUACCUCCAGGCGUGGUGAGAGAGCUGAAAAGCAGAGGAGUGAUCUACAAAUCCAGAGAUACGGCGGUGAAGACAUGAAGCUGAUUCAGCAGAGCGGAGUCACACACACACACACACACACACACACAUACACACACACACACCUCUUUUGUCUUUCGGAGCUGCCUUUCAGCUGUUUCAUUUCUGUUUGUUGUUGUGAGUAGAGAUAUUAGCACGAGCUCUGACGGAGGAGAGGAAGACUUU